UAGCUCGAUCAAGUUAUCCAGUCGUGAACGAAAAGCCAUCGGAGAAGGUUGCUUGUUUCUCAUGGUCAACUGUGAAGAGUGUUGAAAACGGGAUUAAUUUGACCAAAAAAGUAUUGUGGAAGAAAUUUUAACAUUGUACAUUUUACACACAUGCUAAAGAAAUGAAGCUGAAAAGUGUAAUUGUUGUGUUGGCCUUCGUGUCAAUCUCACAUGGAAGGGUUCUGGAAACUAAAGCCUCAAAACAAACUAGUAAAGCCCCAAUCGUCCUGCAGCAGGAUGUUGAGGAAUACAACGAUAGUGAGAAUGCAGUAGAUGGUAAUAUUUCCGAAUCCAAUGCCGUCGAUGAGUCGAAUGCUAGUGAAAUAGUUAAUUGCUACGAAACUAACUGCAAUGAGGCCAGCAGUGGAAAUGCAGAUGAGGAAACUAAUUCUGAAAACAACGAAGUUUUGCAGGAAAUCAAUCAGGUUCCACAGGAACCUGUAAGCGAAAAACCAGUCGUUAACACCGAUGACGCUAAUCCGAUAAACCGUUAUUGCAAAUGUACAACCUAUGAGUGUAACUGCUGUCGUGAUUUUGCAUUACCACUUGUACCUGUAAAAGGACCAGGAUGCGCCACAGUGCAGUACUUAGAAGGAAACCGCAUGUCUAUUGGAGUGAAGUUUGGCGAUCGAGUUCUGGCUAGCCGAGUUAUCUCAGGUCGUAAGGCAACUCCUGUGUGUAUACCUUUACCAGGAGGGUUCAACCGUUUCUGCGGCCGUAUAUAUGGUAUCAACAGGAGGGCCGAUGACCAUUUUAAGGCAUGUCUUGGUCUGGAACUCCGUGCGGAUAAUGAAAUCGAAGCAGUUUUGCGAGUUUCUUGCUUUAAAUUUGGACCACGCGGUCUUUCUGUUACCGAGCCAGAGCCACUUCCACCAAUUGCUGAUGUUGAUGUUGAUGAAGACGAAGAUGAUGAUGAUGACGACGAUGACGAUGAUGAAGCAGAUGAUCUGCUCGGUACAUUGGGUAUCGCUGAUGAUGACGACGACGACGACGAUGACGAUGAUGAAGAAGAAGGCAGUGAACUAGAAGAACCAGAGGUACAAUCAUCUGAGCCAGGAGAUACCGGAUUCAGUUUAUUGGAAGGAGAUUUUCUAGGAGAUUUUCUUGGCACUACCGGUCAGAAAAAGAAAAAAACGGGCAUAAAUAAAGUAGGCAUAAGCCAACCCGCUACAAAAAACGCAGCUCAUCUGAAUCCAGGAAAGCAAAGCGUUGCAGAGUUAGCGGAUGUUAUCAAACCAAAUAUCACAGUGACGAAAACGAAAAAUAAAGACGAGGAUAGUUCUGACGAGAUUGCAGAUAUCGUAGAGUCAAUCGUAACUGGCGGAGUUGAAGACAGUGCCGAAAAUGAUGAUGACGAUGAAGAAGAUGAUGAAGACGAUGACGAUGAUUCAAAAGAAACCAAAGGAGUUACCGAAGAACCUACCAAUGAUGAAGAUGACUAUGAUGAAAGUGAAGAAGAAAAUGAUGUCAACAAUGAUGAGGAAAGUAGCGACACUAAAGAAACCAAGAAACCAAAGUACGGUUUCAAUUGGAGUAACUUUACGAGAUUAUUUCGAAUAAUUUCAUAGGCAGUGGUAACCAAUUUUGCCCUGGUAUAAUUCUAUUGACUCAAACUACAAAUCGUAUCCAUACGAAGACUUUGUAAAUCUGUUCAAAAAGUAAUGAUAACGUCAAUAUUUAUUUAAUUUAUUUUAUUUAUUAUAGUAAUUUAUUGAAACAAACAAUAAAGGUAUUUCCUAGA